AUGGAAUCAACCGAGUCCAUCGAUUACUCAGCCGACAACGCCAAGGAUUUGAAGCCACCGCAUUCCUAUGCUCAACUUAUUGGGAUGGCCAUCUUGAGUACCACUGAUCAACAAAUGACGCUAAGCAAUAUUUACAAGUGGAUCAUGGCAAACUACUCAUUUUAUCGGUUCAAUACGGGUGGAUGGCAGAACAGCAUUCGCCACAACCUCAGUCUGAACAAGGCUUUCACCAAAGUGGCACGCAGGACGGACGAGCCUGGCAAAGGCAUGAAAUGGGUUAUUGAACCAACAGAGUUCGACAACUUC